UCAUCAAAAAUGUUCAAUAAAAUCCGGAUAAUUGCGAGUGAAGGAGACAAUUUUAAUCAAAUUUCAUCAUUUUACGAGUCCUUGAGUAAUGAACGACUUCAGGAAAUAGAUGUCAAUCCAAAAGAAGUACAAAAUCUCACCGAAAUAGAAGUUGAAGCAUUUAUCGACGCCACAUCAUUCGACUUUCAGUUGAUUCCAACACUGAAUUCGCUUGCAGAGGUCCUUCGUGGAUUCCUGGAGCUAUUCGUUGUCUGCAAAAAUGCUGUCGUUUCAUUGGAAGACAUCAAAAUCAAUUACGGAAUACGAAAAAUUCUCAUCACAGCAGUAGAUUUUAAUUCAAAUCAGGGCUCCGUGACUCACGAAACUCGAGUAAAAGUCAAAAAUGUUCGAGUUUGGCCCCGAUUUUCGUACGAAACGUUAGCUGGAGUUCAAGAAGUUGCUGAAAAAGUCAAAUCUCUCAUGAAAAUCUCAGAUCAAAAGAUAAAAACGCAGAAAAUAUUGCUUAUUGGACCAUCAGGUACAGGCAAAAGUACUUUGAUACGCAACUUAUCGCUCGAGACAAACGCUUUUUUGUUCGAAAUCACAAGCAGUGACGUUGUAAAAUCCUUUCCAGGUGACACAGAAGCUUGUUUAAGGGAAAUUUUUAACAAAGCAAGUGCCUUAACUACCGUUUUUAACGAAAAAUUGUCAAUUAUCAUGAUAAAAAACAUUGAACUCUUGUGCCCAAAGGAAGUAGAUCCAAAAGAUACAGCUCACGUAUCACGAAUCAGCUCCCAAGUCAUGCGACUUUUGGAAAAUUUAGAGAAAAAUAUCAUCGUUGUCGUUACUACAUCAAAUAUUGAAGGCGUUGACUUACGUUUGAGACGUGCUGGACGCAUCGAUGAAGAAAUUUUCCUUAAAAUGCCGGAUUUUGUACAACGAGAAGCAAUUUUACGAGUUUUGUUGCCAUCAGUGAUGCCUCAAAAAGUAGUUGAAGGUCUUGUGAAGGACUUGGCAUUCCGCACAAAUGGUUAUGUUGGCUCCGAUUUCGCUUUGAUGACAAAACAUUUGAUGCGACACAAGUUAAAAACAAGUUUUGAUGAAAAUGACGUCACAAAAUGGGAUUUUUUCAUAUCAGAAGUGCUCAAAAAAGUGACGCCCUCAAGCACAAAAGGCGAAUUUGAGAGUCGUUUGCUGUUAGAAAAGGGCUUCGAAAGCAUCGGAGGCAUGGAAAAUUUAAAAUCAACUGUUCGUACUUCGAUUUUAGGUCCUUUACGAAAUCCAGAAGCCUUUGCCAGAUUUAAUCUCUCGCCUCCCCGCGGAAUUUUACUUUACGGACCUCCGGGAUGUGCAAAAACGACAUUUGCUCGUUGCAUCGCUGCCGAAACAAAAAUGACCUUUUUCGCGACAUCAGCUGCCGAAAUUUACUCCCCGUACGUCGGAAAAGCAGAAAAAUAUCUCGUGAAACUCUUCAAUCAAGCGCGAAUUAGUGCGCCUUCGAUAAUUUUCUUGGAUGAAAUUGACGCCCUCGUUGGCUCGCGAAACCAAAGCAGCUCCAACGACGUUCAAAGUCGCAUUUUAUCAACCUUGCUCACGGAAAUGGAUGGCAUUGGAGCCUCAAAACAAGCAAAUUCUCAAUUAAUAUCGAAGCAAAUCCUGAUAAUUGCGGCGACAAAUCGUCCUGACAUGAUCGACGAUGCUUUAAUGCGUCCCGGAAGGUUCGAUAAGUUGAUUCAUGUGCCGGCGCCCGAUGAAAAAGGGCGAUUCGCGAUACUUGAAACCGUUAAAUUGAGGAUUCCCUUUGAAGAAAAUGUGGAUUUUGGGAAGUUGGCAGCAGAAACGGACGGAUUUAGCGGCGCAGAUAUGAUAAAUUUGUGUAAUGAAGCCGCUUUGGUUUCAGCAACGCGAGAUUUGACGACAGAAAGGGUGACUCAAGCUGAUUUGGAGGAAGCUGGAAGAAGUGUGAGACCAUCGUUAACGGAAAAUCAGAUAAAAAGUUAUUACGAGUUUGAAAAUCGAGUCAAGGGAACUUUCAAGGGGGGUUGA